AUCUAGCAUCUUAUCAAAGUGAUUAAUUAAUGGCAUUGCAUUCAACUAAUUAGGUAGACAAAUGGAAAAGGCUUUUCAGUUGAAAGUUUACACUUACCGAACAUGGAUGGUCGAUUUUUGGCCAAGGCUCGUCCCUACUUGCAGGUUCUAUCCAUCUUCACAUUGGCACCGCCGCCUGGCUGCUAUGGCUGGAGGAACUCUCGCCGUUGGAUUGUGGCCUACACAUGCUACGUCCUGGCCACUCUGCUUAUAGGUAUCUAUGUUAACUGCAUGAAUAUAGUGGCACUCAAUCAGGAAACGGAUUUUUAUGAACUGGAGGAUUUCACCAAGGCUUUGGGUGCGGCCCAAAAGGGUUUUCAGGCCCUUUUCCUCAUUACCCUGCACUUGAAUAUGGCCCUUCAAUAUCGACGCUUCGCCCACAUUUAUGUGGACAUUUAUGAUCUGGAAAUGGAUGUCGAGCAUACGACUCGUUGCCAUGAGCCGAAUGGCUUCAGUUUGCGACUUCGUCUUUUUCUAAGUUGUGGAUUAUGGUUUUGCACCCUAAUGCCGGCAUAUUCACGAUUCACAUAUCCGGCUUUGACCUUCUUGACCCGUUUCGACAAAGCGCUAACUGCUUGGAUAAUGAUUAUCUUGCAAACCAUUUGUGUGGAGUAUUGUGUGUUUGUGAAUCUAAUGCAUGAAUUUCUUGUGCGACUGCAUUGCACAUUGGGACAACUGCAGGACGAACUGGCCGAUUGCAGGACACCAGAAAUGCUGCAUGCUCUAUGUAUGGCCUUACGAGAGAAUCAGCAACUACUGGGCCGAACUUGGCAAUUGGUAGGUGAGCUCGAUAAAUACUUUACACCGCCGAUGCUGUGUCUGUUCCUCAACAAUGGCAUGGCCAUACUUCAUGUGGUCAACUGGGCAUAUAUACAGGCGCUAAAUCCAAACGAUUGCUGUCGAUAUUGGCGUUUUGGGAAUAUGAUUAUCUUGAUAUUGAAUGUAUUAGUGCCCUGCUGGCUGGCCCAAGGCUGCGCCGACACGUACAACAAAUUCCUCCGCACUAUUCACAAUAUCCGUGGAAGAAGAAGUUUGCCCAACUUUUCUAUGCUUACAAUGGGUAUACGAGAGUACAGCUUACAAUUGCAACAUUUGAGGCUGCGUUUUACAUGCGGCGGCUUCUUUGACAUCAAUCUGAAAUAUUUUGGAGGCAUGAUUCUUACCAUAGUCAGCUAUACCAUAAUACUCAUCCAAUUCAAACUACAGUCCCUGGUGCGAGCUUCAAAUCGUUCAAAUCUAACGGUUCCGUCGGAUAAAAGCACUUGAAAAGCUCAAUUUGUACCGUUUGCCGUUUGCCUGUUAAUUUAACAGAACAAUAAAAGCUUUAGAGCAAA